CGCCCAAGGCGAGUUAUUUAUAGGGCGAUCUGGCCUAGGCUCUUGAUUCAGCAUUUGUGUGUGGGGCUCUGCCCUAUUUAUAACCCCCAGCAGGCGCCGAGCGCAGCUCACUGUGCCCCAGACCCCCGUGCCCCCAAGGGUGCCCAUGGCCCAGGAAACCUUUGCCUUCACUUCCUCUGCCCUGCGCUCACUGUGGCUCCAGCAAGAGCUGCUGGAGCAGGAGGAUCGCCGGCGGGCCCUGGCUCGCGAGUGGGCCAUGCGCCGGUUCCUGCCCACGAGCUCACGGCCGCCCCUGACCCCUGCCCGGCGGCCCCAGUACUGCCGGGACCCCGCCGUGCACAACGCCCUGUACGCCGGGGACCUCCAGCGCAUCAAGAGCAUCUUCAAAGAUGAGGCCACCGCGAAUCUGGUCAUGGAGACGGUCAGCGAGGAGCUGGUCUGGUCGCCUGAGCAGGGGCUGUGGGUGCUGAGCCCCCGGCGGCUGCAGACGUCUCCGCUGCGCAUCGUGGCGGGCCGGGGCUACGAUGCGUGUGCGCGGCUGCUGCUGCUGCGGGGCGCUGCGGCCGAUGUGGUGGUCGGGGGUCGCGCUCCCCUGCACGACUGUGCGGCCGCGCCCCGCGCCGACUGCGCCCGCCUCCUGCUCGACUUCGGCGCCGACCCCAACGUGCUCAGCGACGACGGCUCGGCCCCGCUGCACCUCUGCACCGCGCCGGAGAGCCUCGGAUGUGCAGAGCUGCUGCUGUCGCGCGGGGCGCGGGUGGACCUAGGGACACGGGAGCGGGGGCUGACGCCGCUGCACGUGGCCGCGCAGCAGGGCCUGGUGGCCCACGUGGAGCUGUACCUGCGCCACGGCGCAGACCCCGGCCGCCGCAGCCGCCAGGGUGAGACCCCCCUGAAUGCCGCCUGUGCCGCUGCCGAGCGCCCUGAGGAUGCCGAGCGCUACUGCCAGGUGGCCGAGCGGCUGCUGGCGGCGGGUGCAGACCCUCGGGCCGCAGGCCGCAAGGCCCACACACCGCUACACAAUGCCUGCGGGAAUGGGCAGCACCGGCUGGUGCGGCUGCUGCUGUGCCACGGCGCUGAUGCCACUGUCCUCAACUGCGCCGGGUUCACUCCACUGGACUGCGCCGUCCACUCUGUCGAGGAGUACCGGCAGCAGCGCCCCGAGGAAACCAUUGCCCUGCUCCUCGACCAUGGCGCCCGCCCCGUGCAUCCCAAGAUGCUCAUGUUCUGCUGCCGGCAUCCACCAGCGCUGGAAUUGGUGCUCAAUGCCUACGACCACGUGCCGCCAGCCAAGGGCUGGGUGGGGGCCGUGUCCCCUGAGCUGUGGCAGGUAAGGGGGGGCUCAAGAGGCACAUGUUCCCCCCCACCAGCCGCCUUACCCCUCCACACCUCCGUCCAGGAGCACCAGGAGUUCUACGCCUCGGCCGCGGCAAUGGCGGGGCAGCCGCGGCGGCUGCAGCACCUGGCCCGUUGCACCCUGCGGCGACACUUGGGCGCCCGCUGCCAUGCCGCCAUCCCCGUGCUGUCACUGCCGCCCACCCUGCGCCACUACCUGCAGCUGCCCCUGCAGGGGCUCAUCUCGUGAGGGGACACAGCAUGGGGGACACGGGCUCCGUGUCCCCGUAUCCCCCCACUCUGGCACGGGGGACACAAUGAGGGGGCUCCGUGUCCCCCUUCCCGUGUCUCCUUGGUGACAAUAAAGGACACAGCAGAGGCGGCUCU